AUGGGACCAACUCUAAGCCCCGUCCGGCUUCCGAUUUGUUCCCCCGCAAAACGAGCUCCACCCGUCGCCCCGAGUUUCUCUAUCGGGAAUAAGUUGAGUUCGCCGGCUUGGAGGACCAGAUUCCGGUUAAUUGUCACUAUGGCAGAGAACGAUGCGAAAGCGAAGGUGUUGGCCCCUUCGACACGGGAGGAUGCUCUCGUCGAGCAACUGGGAUACGAGCAAGAAUUGAAACGAACCUUUGGGUUGCUCGGCAUGAUUGGAUUCAGCUUUAGUGUCGUCACAUCAUGGACCGCUUUGAGUGGUGUCUUUAUCGUCGGCGUCAAAUCUGGCGGCCCUCCUGUCAUGGUGUUCAGUUUCAUCGCCGUCUGUUUCCUUACCCUCGCCGUUGCUAUCCCCAUGGCCGAAAUGUGCAGUAUGUAUCCUGUCGCGGGAGGACAGUAUUCGUGGGUUGCGGCACUUGCGCCUCCACGGAUAGCCAGGGGAUUGUCCUACAUCAGCGGAUGGUUUAUGCUUAUCGGCAUCCUCGCAAUGGGAGCAACCAACAACUCCAUCGGCGCCAAUUUCAUCCUCGGCAUGGCCAAUCUUGUGUUCCCCGAGUUCGAGAUCCAACGAUGGCAGACCGUACUCGUCGCCUACUGUGUCGCUUUUAUCUCAGCCUCGGUUAAUAUCUGGGGACCUCAUCUCCUAAACCGAAUCGCUCGAUUCAUCCUCAUCUGGAACGUCGGUUCGUUCUUGAUCACGAUGAUCACCCUCCUCGCUACGAACGACAACAAGCAGCCCGCGUCAUUUGUCUUCCAUGACUUCCAGAACUUCACAGGCUGGGGGUCCUCGAUGGCUGCCAUCGUCGGCAUACUUCAAGCCUGUUUCGGAAUGUGUUGCUACGACGCCCCGUCACACAUGACCGAGGAGAUGAAGUCCGCGUCGAAGGAAGCUCCCAAAGCAAUCAUCCUGUCCGUGGUCCUCGGCGCCGUCACCGGCUUCGCAUUCUUAUUAACCCUCUGCUUCUGUAUCGGUGACAUCGACACCACAGCAAACACGUCCACCGGUGUCCCAGUCAUCCAGAUCUUCUACGACUCCACAGGCAGUAAAGUAGGAACUUGUUUCCUGUCCAGCAUGAUCGCCGUGAUUGUUCUCGUCGCGGGGAACAAUCUUCUCGCCGAGGGAUCGCGGUCAGUCUAUGCCUUUGCCCGUGAUAACGGGUUACCAUUCUCAUCUAUCCUGGCUAAAGUCGAUCCCAAGCGGCAAGUCCCUGUCAAUGCGGUCCUUCUUACCCUAGUCGUGCAGUUAGCCCUAGACGCUAUCGACUUCGGAACCACGACGGGGUUCGAGACAGUCAUUGCUAUUUCGACCGAGGGCUUCUACGUCUCUUACGCUAUUGCACUCUCAUCCCGUCUCAUGGGCUACUUCACGUCACAUAAUCCGGCGAUGAAAGGACCUUUUGCGCUUCCGACCUCCGUGUCCAUCGCAUUGAAUGUUCUCGGUCUGUUGUUUUUGCUCUUCGCGGCGAUUACGUUUAAUUUUCCGACGUCGUAUCCGGUGACACAUGAUUCUAUGAAUUAUACUUCUGCGGCGGUCGGGGUGAUUGCGUUGAUUGCUGGAGUGACGUGGGUUUUGACGGGGAGGAAGAGCUUUACGGGGCCGCCGGGGAUGAGAGUUUUGGAUGGGUGUGAGGGGGUGAGACAGGUAGAGGGGGAUACUGGUGUAGAUGCGCGUGAGAGUAAGGAGCAGGGGGAGAAGAGGUAG